UAAUUUUGCUUGUACAAAGACGCGUGUGUGACCACCCAGCGGAGCUCCCCUGCAAGAUGAAGGCCGUCGUCCUGACGGGCUUCGGCCACGCCGACCAGGUGCUCAGAUAUGAGACACAGCAUCCGAAACCACAGCGCAAAGCUGGAGAGGUAUUAGUGGAGGUGCAUGUGGCCUCCGUCAACGGCGGGGACUCCCGUGUGCGGAUGGGCUGGCUGCCCAAGGGCAUGGUGAAGAUCCCACAGAUCCUUGGGUGCGACGUUGCCGGAGUGGUGCUGGAGGCGGACGCGAACAGCAAGUUCAAGCCAGGGGACCGGGUGGUGGCCGACACCGGCCAGGCGGUGUCCGACCCCUGGGGCACGCAUGCCGAGUUCGUGAGCUGCCCCGAGUCCCGCUUCGCCGCGUUGCCUGCCUCCGUGUCCUUCGAGGCGGGCGCGGCGCUGCCGGUGGCCGGCCUCACUGCCUGGCAGGCGCUCAAGGGCUCCAUGCCGCUGGCCGGCAAGAGGGUGCUGGUGCUGGGCGGCGCGGGUGGCGUGGGCCACUUGGCGGUGCAGAUCGCCAAGAGCCAGGGCGCCUACGUUGCCGCCACCUGCAGCAGCCGCAAUGUGGAGUUCGUGACCAAGCAGCUAGGGGCGGACCUGGCCAUCGACUACACCAAGGGCCAGAAGCUUGAGGAAGCUGCGGGCGGGGCGGGCAGCUACGAUCUCGUGGUGGACCUGGUGGGGGACGAGCCGAGCGCCUGGGGCGUGCUGCGGCGGCGCGGCGGGCGCAUGGCGGCGGUGUCGUUCGACGGCAUACUGCAGGGCAAGACCGGCGGCGCGCUGCUGCUUGGCAUCCUGGUGCGUGCGCUGCGCUGCAAGCUGGCGGCGGCGCUGGGGCUGUGCCCCCGCUACGACAUCAUCACGCAGCAGCAGCACGGCCCAGGCAUGGGGCUGGAAGAGGUGGUGGGCCUGGUGGCGAGCGGGCAGGUUGUGCCGCACAUUGAGCGGGUGGUGUCGCUGGCGCAGGUGGCGGAGGCGCACAAGCACGUGGAGACCGGGCGCGCGCGAGGCAGGGUGGUCGUGAGGGUGGCGGAGGCAGAUGAUGCGGCGCCGGCGCGGGCCGCGUCGGCGGCGGCUGCGGCGGUUGCGCCGGCGGUUGCUGGGUAGGCGGCUGCGCUCGCUACGGUUCCGGCAGAGGCAGCAGCCGAUUCGGUCGCUGCGUAGUGUAUACAAGGUUGCACUGGUACAGUUGAGGAUGCUGUUGUAGCCCUGGGGGUGUGUGUGAGUGAUGGUAAGUUUUCGUCUGAUGAAGGGAAUAAUGUGAUGGAAGUGAGAGAUGCAAGCUUUGCAUGUGCAUUGUAUGAACAUGGCAUGUAGGAUUUGCUUCAUUUGCUUGAUACGGUAAGCAAGAGCUCCUGGGACAGUAUUCGCAGCACCAUUGUGCACAUUGUUGCAAAAUAUUCACUGCAGACAAAUUGUAAGGUUUGACACAA